GUAUCCGGGGCUCCUUUUCAACUUUUCGAAGACUCGGAAAGAAAAGAAGGAUUUCAGUAGUCCAAUUUGUCGCCUUUUAACGGUAAAUUUACCACUGAUUGAACUGCUGAAACAUGCUAGGGCUUGGCAGAAGGCUAAUAUCUGCAAAUGCCUUUCAGCAGUUCCACAAAUUGACCAAGCCAUCGGUGUAUGGACUGACAAGAUCUGUUUGGACUGGUCAAGAAAGCUUACAGGAUGAUGACCCAGAAAUGCAUGCACUUAUACAGAGGGAGAAGGAUCGCCAACUACGCGGCUUGGAGCUCAUUGCUUCGGAAAAUUUUUGCAGUAAAGCAGCAUUACAGGCUAUGGGGUCCUGCUUGAAUAACAAGUAUUCAGAGGGAUACCCUGGACAAAGGUACUAUGGAGGAACAGAAGUUAUUGAUGAAAUAGAGAAGUUAGUCCAAGAAAGGGCAUUAAAAGCAUUCAGGCUGGAUCCUAAAGAAUGGGGUGUGAAUGUGCAGCCAUAUUCUGGAUCUCCUGCAAAUUUUGCUGCCUUUACUGGUUUGCUAAAGCCCCAUGAUCGUCUUAUGGGAUUGGAUCUUCCUCAUGGAGGGCACCUUACCCACGGAUUUAUGUCUGAUGUGAAAAGAAUAUCAGCAACAUCUAUUUAUUUCGAGUCAAUGCCUUACAGAUUAAAUGAGAAAACUGGUCAUAUUGACUAUGAUGUGCUAGAGCAGACAGCCCAACUGUUCAGGCCAAAGAUGAUUAUAGCAGGUGCAAGUGCAUAUUCCAGGCUGUAUGAAUAUGAGAGAAUGAGAAAGAUUGCUGACAAGUGCAAUGCAGUAUUGCUGGGCGAUAUUGCACACAUUGCCGGGCUUGUAGCAGCAGAUGUGAUUCCUAGCCCCUUUGAUUACUGUCAUGUUUGUACAACUACAACCCACAAGACGCUGCGUGGUGUGAGGGCUGGUCUUAUUUUCUAUCGUAUUGGAGUGAAGGGAGUUGACAAAAAGACUGGGAAAGACAUCAUGUACAACUUUAAAAGGGAUAUAGACUUUGCAUUGUUCCCUUCACUUCAAGGUGGACCCCAUAACCAUUCCAUCGCAGGAGUGGGCGUGGCUCUGAAGCAGGCUCUGUCUCCUGAGUUCAAGGCCUAUCAGGAACAAGUGUUGAGGAAUGCAAAGAGUAUGGCAAAAGCACUAACAGAUAAAGGAUACAACAUGGUGUCAGGUGGUACAGAUAAUCAUUUGGUUCUGUUGGAUUUAAGACCAAAGGGCAUUGAUGGUGCAAAGGUCGAGAAGGUGUUGGAGGCGGCAUCCAUCACCACAAACAAGAACACUUGUCCUGGGGACAAGAGUGCACUAAAGCCAGGGGGUCUGAGGCUAGGUAAAAGGAGCAAUGGCGCACCUGCGUUAACGUCACGCAACUUCAAAGAACAAGAUUUUGUGCGAGUUGUGGAAUACAUUGACAGAGGCGUGCAUAUUGCACUGGACGCACAAGAAUCUACAGGUGACAAUCUGAAGACAUUCUUGCCCUUCAUCAAAUCCGACCAAACUAUCUCUGCCGCCAUAGCCGAUCUGAGGGGAGAAGUCGAGCAGUUUGCUCGUGGAUUUCCGAUGCCAGGAUUUGAGAACCAUUAAAUUUUAUUUCGUAAAUUGUCUAAGUCUACCCAAGUGUAUGGCUACCCGAGAGAUAUAAUGAAUAGAGAGCCUGUUCUGCAGGCAAUCCAAAAUCAAUAAAGGAAGCUCUAGUUUUAAACAAUGAA